GUUAAAACAGCAAUAGACCAUAAACCAAAUCUCAACCUAAGCCAGGCGAAAAUGUCAAAGAUCCACGUUGCUGUACUUGUUGCUGCCGCAUCCGUUCUAAUGGCCGGAGUGCUGGCGCUUCCCUCGGACUCGGCAGAUGCCCACGCUGAGAUCCGCAGCUUUGUCAACGAGCUGAAGCAGGAGGACGGCAGCUACAACUACCAGUUCGAGACGACCAACGGCAUUGCGCAGCAGGAGCAGGGAGUAGGCGGCUACUACGCCUCCGGCUCCUCCCAGUACUACAGCCCCGAGGGCCAGCUUAUCCAGCUGACAUACACGGCCGACGAGAAUGGCUUCCAGCCUCAGGGUGAGCAUCUGCCUACACCGCCACCCAUCCCGGAGGCCAUUCUCAAGUCGCUGGAGUGGAUCCGCAACCACCCAGAGGAGAACGAGGAGUACGAGCACCACGACCAGCACGACCACCACGGUCACGGCCAUGGUCAUGGUGCAGAGCAGGGCAAACAAUAUCUGCAACAGGGACAGGGACAGUCACAGCAGCUGCCAGUGGGCUCUCUGCUCGCUCCGGCCUCUGCGCCAGCAGCAGCCUCUGGUCUACCCUAUGAGAGGAAGGUUUAAGUUAUUCCCGCCCCCAGCUAGUGGGAGAGUGUGUGACACUGUCAUGUCAUGUCUGUUUGCAUAGUCAAAGCAUCCAGAAAACAGCACCAGCAGCCAAUACCAACACCAGCACCAUCCUCAGUACCAGAGUGAACACCAGCUGAACUACAUCCUCUCUCCCCACUCACACACACACUCACACACAUUGUAUAAAUGUACAUGCUCGUAGAAUAGACCCCUCACAUACAUCCACAUCAACAUCAACAUGCUCCUGGGCCGCUUGGCUGCGUGUCCAUUGUCGGCUCGGCUGACGUUGACAUUUAU